AUUAUUGUUAUUGUUACAUCAAUGGACUUUAUUUGCUGGCGAUGAACGUCAAAAAUUCGCCGUUAAUGGAAUUAAUAAAUGGGGAAUGAGCCUUUUGAGAUGGACAAAUGAGUGGUCCGAUUAUGAGGUAACAUCACAAUUGGACGGCACGUUCCGACUUCUCAACC